AUGGCAUCAACGGAGUCUCAGUCUCAGCGACCUUCGGUCCCUUACUACCUCUCACCGCAACAGCAGCAACUCCUGUUGGCGGCGCUUGGGGCCGAACAGCAGCGCGAUGGGUCUAUCCCCCUCACUUCUGCUGCCCUCUCGUCUCUCCAAAAUGGCUCGAUGGCCGCUACCGAUCACAGUGCCGACCUCAGCGGUUUCCAGGAUAGCUCGUUCAUUGACGGCUACGACGUCAGUUUCAAUCCCGAUUCGAGCUUCGACUUUGACAUCUCGCACGCCUCCAUCCCGCACUUCACCGACGGCGAUCUUGCCGAGACUGUAAAGUCGGAGAACUCGGGAGAUAACGAUUCUCCCGACAAGCGACCACUCGAAGAUGAUGAAGAUUCACCUGAUGCCAAGGGAAACGAUGCGAAGAGGAGAGACGGCAGUGAAAAGGUCCCAAAGAAACCUGGACGCAAGCCUUUGACCUCGGAGCCAACUUCGAAACGCAAGGCCCAAAAUCGCGCUGCGCAACGAGCGUUCCGUGAACGCAAGGAGAAACAUCUCAAGGAUCUGGAGACCAAGGUCGAGGAGUUGGAGAAGAAGUCGGAAACCGCCACUAGUGAGAACGCGGUCUUGCGCAAGCAACUCCGCAGCGUCUUGGUCGAGCUCGACGAAUACAAGCGCAAGGUGCAGGUUAUAGGCAAUACGCGGUCCACUACUCGCGACCGCGUACCCCGCGCCAGCUUCGGCCAGCCCGCCGUGAAUAACUUGAAUGACGUACACUUUCAGUUCGAGUUUCCCAGGUUUGGUUUCCUGCCAGGACCUCCAGCCAACUCCAAGCCCGUCAACGGCCAGCACAGCUCCUCGGCUUCGCCACAAACCCAGUCCAACUAUGCUAGCCCAACGGAUGCGUCUAGUAACAAGCAACACAAUUCACCCGCUACGGCCUCCGUGACGACACCGAACCUAGGAGGAAACACGCUCCUUAACUCGCCAAGUUCACAAGCUGAUCACUCAAGCGUGUUGAACGGGGGCAGGAACAGUCUUGAUUCUGGCCGCCACAGUCUUGGUACUGGUGCCACAAGCUCGCCGUCCGGAUCCUACAACUCUGUCGGCGGCCCUAGCUCAUCAUGCGGUACCUCUCCCGAGCCUUUCAACCAGUCACCCAUGGGUUUCAAGCCCCUCGAUACCAUGACGACGAUUGGUGAAGAGCAUCCCGCUUUACAGACCUCUAACGGAGAAGCGCCAACAGGGUUCGGGCAGUUCCCAGGUGAUGUCGGUUUCGAUUGGCUCGCUCAGCAAAACGGCGGCCAAUUCGACCCCCAACUCUUUGGUGACUACCGCGAGCCGCAAAACAAUAUCCUCUCGGGGAACAACUUCGACGACAGCUUCUUCAAUGAGGCUAUCGACGCAGACUUCUUUACUCCUUUCAAUGUCCCUGCCAGUUCCACACCUGUAGUUUCUCCUCCUCAGAACGGCAUCGCUUCAGAUUUGGCCAUGCAGUCCGACGCGGCAUCCUCCAACAAUGCCCUCCCGGGCGAGAAGAAGGUCGACUGCAUGCAAGUCUGGGAGCAAAUACAAAGUUGCGACAAGAAGGCAAAGUGCUCGGGUGAUGGACCCAAGGUUAAAGAGCAGGAUUUUGAAGCCGUCCUUGGCAAGUAUCUGGGACCCGACUUCCUCGAAAGAUGUGGCAAGGGAUCGUCCACGUAG